GCAUGGCGUAAUGGAGUCAUGGACAGUGGCCCAAGCUCCCCGAUCCCACAACCCCGGUGAAUCUCCUCCCCGUCUCGGCCCUGAACGGGUCAUUGACAAAGAAAAGCGAGGUGCCAACCCCUCGAAGAAUCGAGGGCGUCUCGGAAGCCCCAACAGCUUGCAUACCCCCUAGCGGGAGACUUCGCCUCUCCCAAUUGAAAAUAGUCCAGGUUUCAUGGGCCACAGAGCAGCAAUUUGCUGUCAAUUGUGAAUGAACUGGUUGGACUAAGUUAUCAGACUGAAAUCGCUUGCAACGUACAGGUUCUUUUCGUUCUGUUCUCGCUCCUGUCAGCCCACGAGUUAUCAAGAGGACGAGCACCACGCAGCCCGCGGCUGCCAGCCCGCCGUCUCUUGCUAUGGCGUACCUAACAACCCUGCACCCGUUGCGGGUGUCACUAUCGCAAUUCGGUUCCCAACAGCCGUGUCGGACUUCAGUCAGAUUCACCCUCCUUACCGCCAAAGCGGGAGCCGCCUCCCGCCGGUCCUUUUCCAGCUACCUCGUCACUCCGCAGGAGCUCGCCGAGGCCCUCAAGAAGCGGCCGCCGUCGCCCAUCUCGUCCGAGCCGCGCGUGAUCCCGCUCUGCGCCUCAUGGUUCCUCCCCAACGACCCGCACGGCCGCACCGGCAUCCAGGUGUUUCGCGAGAAGCGCAUCCCCAAGGCCCGCUUCUUCGAUCUCGACAAGGUCAUCGACAAGCGCAGCCCCUACCCGCACAUGCUCCCCACGCCCAAGAACUUUGCCGAGGCCAUGAGCGAGCUGGGCAUCCGCCGCGAGGACACGGUCGUCGUCUACGACAGCCACGAGCUGGGCAUCUUCAGCGCGCCCCGCGUGGCCUGGACCAUGAAGGUCUUUGGCCACCCGAACGUGCACAUUCUCAACAACUUCCGGCUGUGGGUGCAGCAGGGUUUCCCCACCGAGUCGGGCAACGUCUGGACCAUCGAGUGUGGCACAUAUCCGAUCCCCGAGAUGGACGAGGUCAAGGUGGCCAGCUUUGAGGAGGUACGCCAGGUCGCGCAGGACUACAACAAAGAGGGCACCGAGGGCGUGCAGGUCUUGGACGCCCGGUCCUACGGCCGCUGGUCCGGACGGGAUCCCGAACCUCGACCCGGCCUGCCCUCGGGCCACCUCCCGGGUUCAGUCAACAUCCCCUUCGACGCAGUUCUCGACCCAGAGACCAAGGCAUUUCUGCCGCCCGAUAAGCUCAAGAAGGUGUUUGUGAAGAAGGGUGUGGACCCUGCGAGGCCCAUCAUCUCCAGCUGCGGGACCGGAGUGACGGCCUGUGUGAUCGAGACGGCGUUGAACGAGGCCCAGUACGGGUCACCCGAGAAGAGGAAGGUUUACGAUGGAAGCUGGACGGAAUGGGCGCAGAGGGUCAAGCCCUCCGACUCACUUAUUCGUACUGAAGAGUAA